AUGGUACAAGUAAGUGUUAUGACUUCUGGUUCAUCCAGACCAAAACCAACAACAGAACCAAAAUUAGGAGCAUUUAUAUAUUUGUUAUCUUCUAUGGCUGUUAUUGGUGGUUUUCUUUUUGGAUAUGAUACAGGUAUCGUGUCAUCUGCAAUGCUUUAUGUACCAAAUGCUAGUAAUAUGAAACCAAUGGGAUCUGUAUGGCAAGAAGUUAUUGUUUCUGUUACACCUGGUGUUGCUGGAAUAGCAGCAUUAUUUUCUGGUUAUAUUUCUGAUUUAUAUGGUAGAAAAAAACUUAUCGUUAUAUCAUCUCUUAUCUUUGUUGUUGGUGCUAUUAUUUGUGGUGCUGCUGCUGAAAAAAUUAUGUUACUAAUUGGUAGAAUUAUUCUUGGCGCAGGUAUUGGUUUUGCUUCAAUGAUUGUUCCUAUUUAUGUUGGUGAAGCAUCACCAAGUAAUAUAAGAGGACAACUUGUUACCGGUUUUCAAUUAAUGAUAACAUUUGGAUUAAUGGCUGCUAAUAUUAUUGCUGGUGGUUUUAGUUAUAUUGAUCCUGAAGUAGUUGGUUGGAGGUUAAUGUUUGCUUUUGCUGCAGUUCCUGCUGGUAUUCAAUUUAUUGGUUUUCUUUUUCUUCCAGAAUCUCCAAGAUGGUUAUACAAAAAUCGAAGUGAGGAAGAAGCUAGAGCUGUAUUAAACAAAAUUUAUAAUGGUAAUGAGGAAUGGACAGAGUAUGAAUUAAAUGAAAUUAUUGAAAGUCAACAAAAAGAAGAUGAAACUUCUAAAGGACAUCGUAAUGAAUUUACUAUUAAAAGAAUUCUUAAAACACCACAUGUAUUAAAAGCUUUAUGUAUUGGAUGUGCAUUACAGGCUUUUCAACAACUUUCUGGUAUUAAUACAUUAAUGUAUUAUACAGGAACAAUUAUUAAAUCUGCUGGUGUUAAAGAUAAUCAUACAACUAUUUGGAUUUCAGUUGGUACAUCUGCUGUAAAUUUCUUUUGUACUUUUAUACCAAUGUACUUGAUUGAAAAAAUUGGUAGAAGAAAACUUUUACUUGCUUCUGUACUUGGAGUUAUAGCAUCACUUAUUUUAAUGGGAGUAUCAUUUUUAAUUAUAAAUAAAACUUCUGCAAAAGUUCUUAAUUAUGAACAUAUGGGUAAUUUAAAUUUAACAAAUGAUGAUCAAAUAAAUCAUUGUAUGAAAUAUAGUUUAUGUGAUGAUUGUAUUUCAAAUGAAGAAUGUGGAUUUUGUGGAACAUUAGAUAAUAUAAGUAAAGAAGGUUAUUGUUUUCCAGUUAAUGAACAUGAUUCAUCACAAGGAUCAAGUGUAGGAUUUUGUAAAAAUCCUUCUAAUGAUGAAAUGCAUACAUAUAAUAAUGUUACUUAUGAAUGGAAUAAAGAAUAUUGUGUUACAAAAUGGACAGUUCUUCCAAUUAUCAUUAUGGUUAUAUAUUUAUGUUCAUUUUCUACAGGUUAUGCUCCAUUACCAUAUGUAUUAAAUGCUGAAUUUUAUCCAUUUUGGGCAAGAGGGACAUGUGUCUCAUUAUCAACAUUCUCAAAUUGGGCAUUUAAUUUACUUAUCUCUUUAACAUUUCUUUCACUUUCUGAGGCAGCAACAAAAUAUGGAACAUUCUUUAUAUAUGCUGGAAUUACACUUAUUGCAUUAACAUUUUUUUACUUUUUUGUUCCUGAAACAAAAGGUUUAACAUUAGAUGAAAUAGAGAUACUUUUUAUGUCGAAAAAAGAACGUAUUAAAUUUAAAAAUCAAAAUAAAAUUCAUCCAGAAAGUCUUGGUUCAGAACAAUUAAAAAUAACUUCAUUAGAAAAAUAA